GGACCCACUGGGUGCUGGAGAGCUUGGCUUACUGUGCGUUACGCAACAAGACGAGCCCAUUCUACUUUUUUGGAUCCGGCUCAGACAUGGGGAUGCACGGUUCCAAGCCUCGGAGGCAAGCACAGGUCCUGAUGCUGGGCCUGGACGAAUCCGGGAAGAGCACUUUGCUCUACAAACUCAAGUACAAUGAAAGGGUGGUGACGGUGCCCACCGUUGGCUUCAACGUGGAGACGCUGGAGACGGACAGGAGCAGCCCGGGUCUCACCGUCUGGGAUGUGGGCGGCCAGAAGAAGAUGAGGCCUCACUGGAAGCAUCACUACGCCGACACGGCCGGGCUGGUGUUUGUGGUGGACAGCGCGGACCCCGGGAGGCUGGAGGAGGCACGCAAAGAGCUCCAUUGGGUGUUGACGUAUGAGAGCCUGAAAGGCGUUCCUCUGAUUGUCCUCUCCAACAAACAGGAUCUGCGCGGGGCUCUGAGUCCCGAAGCGGUCUGCCAGAUGCUGGACCUGAGGCGAGUGUGUGAGGGCAGCAGGCCGUGGUUCAUCCAGCCCUGCUCGGGCAUCACGGGCACAGGGCUGGAGGAAGGUUUCAGGAGGAUGGUGUACCUGAUGAAGACCCCGCUUAGACAGACACAAGAGGACAUCCAGGUCAAGAUGAAGUCAAAGGGCUUCAGGAUCACGGCCUUGUUAUGCGGCUGAUUUCUCGUGGCGAGAGAAGUGCUUAUAUAAUGAUUAAUCCAAUCACAUGUUGAGUUCAUUCUUAUCUGGCUGCCUCAUAGGUAUAAUCAAAUUAAAGUGUGGCAUUUAAAGAUGGAUUAUCUCAACAGAGCGGACAAUGCAUACUGUGACAGGAAGUCUUGUUUUUUCUUGAAUAAUAGGCUGUGACAAGAGUCCACGAAAAGUCAAAGGGUGACAACACUUGUGUGUCAUGAGAAUACUGUUGGAAUUGGAAAAAUGCUAAACGUGUUACACAAAAACAUUCCUGAAUGUUUAGAUUGUAAUGUAUAAAUCCAGAUUAUGCUUUACAGUACUGUACAUCUAUUUGGAAGGACAGACUCUCAAAAAGACAAAGUGUGCAUACAAUUUAUCGAUAAUUUUGACACUAACUUGGCUGCUUUAUUUGUUUUAACAAUGAAACAAAUUUUGUUGUACAUAUUUUUUUCAUCUUUUUCCUUUAUUUUAAAACUAGAAAUAUUCUGGAAUAAAAUGAGGAUUUAAAAAAAUAAUAAUUUCCAUUUAAUGUAGCAGUAUGUAAAUACAAACACAAUCAUUUGAAUAUGAUUUGUGCAUACAAUUUAUCGAUAAUUUUGAC